UCCUCUACGCUUCUUUAGACGUAAAAGGGUGGGACUAAUGUGGAAGCCUGCCUCGAACUCCUGCCAUGGCUGCAGCGGCGUGGACUGAUCGUGGACGGAGGGCUGUGACUGUUUGGGGUACAGUGACGAGAUCCACAUCCAGUCACACCGCUUUAAGAUCCCAGUAUGACGCACUGGUCAUCGGGGGAGGACACAAUGGACUGGUGGCAGCUGCCUACCUUCAGAAGGGAGGGCUGAAGACAGCGGUGCUGGAGCGCAGACAUGUCUUGGGAGGAGCAGCUGUCACAGAGGAAAUCUUCCCUGGUUUCCGCUUCUCGAGGUGUUCCUAUUUGCUCAGUUUAUUAAGACCCCAGAUAUAUGCAGACUUAGAGCUCAAGAAACAUGGACUGAAGGUGUAUAUGAGAGAUCCCCACGCUUUUACCCCAAUGUUAGAGGAGGGGGUGAGAGGAGCCCCUCCGAGGUCUCUCACCCUGGGCUCAGAUCUGGCCAUGAACCAGAGGGAGAUCAGCAAGUUCUCACAGAAGGAUGCUAAGGCUUUCGCAGAUUUUGUUGCACACCUUGAGAAGCUAGCAGGAGCUAUUCACCCUCUUCUGGAUGCUCCUCCUGUAGAUGUUCCAGGUGUUACAGAUGGAUCACUGAGGAGGAGGCUGGCUGCAGCUAAAACCUUGAUGCCUAUUGUCAAAUGUGGUCUGAAACUUGGCACAAACAUUCCAGACUUUUAUGAGAUUAUAACUGCACCAAUAAUGAAGAUCCUCAACCGGUGGUUUGAGUCGGAGCCACUGAAAGCAACACUGGCUACUGAUGGUGUGAUAGGAGCCAUGACCAGUCCAAGUAAUCCUGGUAGUGGGUAUGUGCUCUUGCACCAUGUGAUGGGGGAGCUGGAGAAAGAGAAGGGAGCAUGGGGUUAUGUGGAGGGAGGCAUGGGAGGCGUGUCUAAGGCUAUUGCAAGCUCUGCUCGAUCCUAUGGUGUAGACAUUUUCACUGAGAAGGAUGUGGGACAGGUUCUGGUUGGCUCAGAUGGUGCUGCCAAAGGAGUGGUGCUGAAGGAUGGCACAGAGAUUCACAGUAAAAUUGUUUUAUCAAAUGCCACCCCAUAUGUUACCUUCAAAUACCUCACGCCACAGGCUGCCCUUUCUCCAGAGUUCAUCAAAGCCGUGGAUCAGAUUGACUACACCUCACCUGUUACCAAGAUCAAUGUGGCAGUGGACAAGCUGCCAAAUUUCCUUGCAUCUCCCACACCAGAUGAUAAACCAGGACCCCACCAUCAGUGUUCCAUUCAUCUCAACUGUGAGAGUGUGGAGGUACUGGAGACCGCAUACAAAGACGCCAUGAAUGGACGUCCCUCGGCAAGACCCAUGCUGGAGAUGACCAUCCCCUCUGUACUGGAUCCUACCCUGGCUCCCCCUGGCUGCCACGUGGUGUCACUGUUCACCCAGUUCACCCCCUACCACAUAGAAGGGAAAGAGUGGACUAACCAGGACAGAGAGGCCUAUGCAGACACUGUAUUUGACUGGGUGGAACAAUACGCUCCAGGGUUCAAAGAAUCGGUUGUGGGCAGGGACGUCCUGGCUCCGCCUGACCUGGAGAGGAUCUUUGGGCUCACUGGAGGGAAUAUCUUCCAUGGAUCGAUGUCACUGGACCAGCUGUACCUAGCGCGACCUUUGCCCUCUCUCUCAGACUACCGCUCACCAGUUAAGGGGCUUUAUCUGUGUGGCAGCGGCAGUCAUCCAGGUGGUGGUGUGAUGGGUUCUCCCGGCUGGAAUGCAGCGCUCACCGUCAUGGCUGACCUGAAACGUCAAUGACACAUUUGACAGCAUCAGUGUGGGGUCUCGCUCAUCAGUGUUCAGCCUCUCUUUUGUCUGUCUGUCUCACUAUUUUUCUGGUCAACUGUCUCUUGUUGUGUGUCCUGUUUGUCAGGGUAUCUGAGAAGAAAAAUAAGGGCGUAAAUGUUUGAUUUAAUAAAUACAACCCACAUGGGAAUCAUAAGAGACAAGGAGAGAUUCAGUAAAAGAGGCUUACAGGCUCCGUGUCAAUACUCAUGCCUGUUAUUAGUGCAGUAUUGCUAUGCAAGAUUCUGUUUUUAGAUUCCUGAUUUUUAGAAUAACUCAUUUGUCUUAAUGAAAUGAACACAAAACCGUCAGUGUAAUGAAGGAUAUGAUGUACAAUGGGACCACUUUGUAUGAAUAAAUUCCAAUGAAUUCAAA